AUGGAAAGAUGUUUGACCUAUUGGAGUUACUUCUUUCUUAGAAUAUUGCCCUUUUGCAUGGUGUGUACACAAUCUGCAAAAAACUGUGUUGUCAGAAAUGAGGUGGCUGAUUGCAGUCACCAGAAACUGACCCAAAUUCCUCCUGAUCUCCCAGUCAACAUCACAACCUUGAACCUGACCCACAAUCAACUCAAAAGAUUGCCCCCUGCGAAUCUUACGAGAUACGGCCAACUUGUCAUCUUGGAUGGGGGCUUCAACAGCAUCUCAAAGUUGGAGCCAAAGUUGUGUCAAAGUCUGCCUCUGCUGAAAGUUUUGAACCUUCAACACAAUGAGCUGUCCCAGCUUUCUGAUAACACAUUUGCCUUCUGCUUGAGCCUUACAGAACUUCAUUUAAAGUCCAACCCAAUUCAGAAAAUCAGUAACAACCCUUUAAAAAAUUUAAAGAAUUUACACUUAUUAGACCUGUCCCACAUUGGUUUAUCAUCUACAAAAUUAGGAACUCAAGUACAACUAGAAAAUCUCCAGGAACUUCUGUUAACUAACAACAAAAUACACAUGUUAAGAAGGGAAGAUUUCGAUUACCUUGGCAAUUCUUCCUUGAGGAAGCUUGAUUUGUCUUCAAACCAGCUGAAAGAGUUUUCUCCAGAUUGCUUUCGGUCAAUUGGGAAAUUAUAUGACCUUUCAUUGAACAAUGUUCAGCUAGGGCCUGAACUCACAGAGAAGCUUUGUUUGGAAUUAUCAGGCACAAGUGUGCAGACCCUCAAUCUGAGCAACAUCCAACUCACCAAAAUUUCCAACAUGACUUUCAGAGGGCUGAACCAGGCAAAUCUCACCAUGCUCAACCUUUCUCAUAAUGGCUUAUCAUCGAUAGCUAAUGACUCCUUUGCUUGGCUUUCCCACUUGGAAUGGCUUGUGCUAGAGUAUAACAAUAUAGACCAUCUAUUUUCUCGCUCCUUUUAUGGACUUUCCAGUGUAAAAUACCUGAACUUGAAAAGAAGCUUCCUUAAACCAAGAAAUUCCUUUCCUAAGAUAGAUGACUUUUCCUUCCAGUGGCUAAAAUGUUUGGAAUAUCUUAGCAUGGAAGAUAACAGCUUUUCAAGUAUUACCACCAAUAUGUUCACAGGAUUAACAAAUCUGAAAUCUUUAAACUUGUCCAGCUCCUUUGCAAAUUUACAGACUCUAACAAAUACUACCUUCUCAUCCCUUGCUUACUCUCCCUUACUUACUCUUAAUCUGACGAGAAACAAAAUCUCUCAAAUAGAGAGUGGAGCAUUCUCUUGGUUGGGCCAUCUGGAGGUCCUUGACCUGGGCGUGAAUGAAAUUGGUCAAGAAUUGACAGGCCAAGAGUGGAAGGGUCUGGAAAGCAUCAUGGAGAUUUACCUUUCUUACAACAGGUACCUGACACUGAGCAGUAACUCAUUUGCUUCAGUCCCAAUCCUCAAAAGACUGAUGCUCCGCAGAGUAGCUUGCAAACAACUGGAUGUCUCUCCAUCCCCUUUCCAUCCUCUUCGGAAUCUGACUAUUCUUGAUCUCAGUAACAACAACAUCGCCAAUAUAAAUGCUGAAAUGUUGGAAGGCCUGGAUAAGCUGGAAAUUCUGGAUCUCCAGCACAAUAACUUGGCUCGGCUUUGGAAGCAUGCCAAUCCUGGAGGACCUGUUCGUUUCCUAAAAGGUCUUUCCCACCUCCAUGUACUUAACUUAGAAUCUAAUGGCUUUGAUGAAAUUCCAUCAGAUGUCUUUAAUGGUUUGUUCCAGUUAAGGGUGAUCUAUUUAGGAUUAAACAAUCUGAAUUUACUUCCAGCUUCUCUUUUUGACCAUCAGACAUCCCUCAAGUCCUUGAGCCUGCAGAAGAAUCUGAUAACGUCUGUUGAGAAGAGUGUCUUUGGACCGGCUUUCCAAAAUCUGACUGUUUUAGAUAUGAGUUUUAACCCAUUUGACUGCACCUGUGAAAGUAUAGCCUGGUUUGUUAACUGGCUUAAUGAGACCCAUACAAAUAUCGAGGACCUGCCUAGUCAUUACCUCUGUAACACACCACCACAAUAUCACGGCACCCCGGUGAUGCUCUUCGAUACUUCUCCCUGCAAAGACAGUGCCCCUUUUAAGAUGUUCUUCAUCAUAAAUGCCAGUUUCCUAUGCACUCUGAUCUUCGUGGUCCUGCUUGUCCACUUUCAAGGCUGGAGGAUAUCCUUCUACUGGAACGUGACCAUACACCGAGUCCUCGGCUUCAAAGAAAUCGAUCGUCAGCAAGAGCAGUUUGACUACGCAGCCUACGUAAUCCAUGCCCAACAAGACUCACGAUGGAUCUGGAAGCAUUUCUCCCCCAUGGAAGAAAAAGACCAUUCACUCAGAUUCUGCCUGGAGGAAAGAGAUUUUGAAGCUGGUAGACCUGAACUUGAAGCAAUUGUCCAUAGCAUAAAAAGGAGCAGGAAGAUUAUUUUUGUUGUGACACGAAAUCUCUUGGAAGAUCCCUUGUGUAAAAGGUUUAAAGUACACCAUGCAGUCCAGCAAGCAAUUGAACAAAAUCUGGAUUCCAUCAUCCUGGUCUUUCUUGAAGACAUUCCAGAUUAUAAGCUGAACCAUGCCCUUUGUUUAAGAAGAGGAAUGUUUAAGUCUCGCUGCAUCUUGCAUUGGCCAGCUCAGAAAGAACGUGUCCAUGCAUUCUAUCAGAAAUUACAAGUAGCACUUGGAAUGAGAAAUCGAGCACCCUGAAUUUCUUUGCCUUAAAGAUGAUAUGUUUAUGUUAGGAUCUUUCCCAUCAUCAUGAGUUCCAGAAUAGAGUUGUUCUAUGUAGUGGAAGUGGCACACUCUUAUGCAAUUUGCUUGCUUACAUUUUUUUGUUGUUCUUAAGUGAU